AUGGCCAAGGAACAGGUCAGAAAGCGAGGCAAACGAAAGCCCAAGAAUGUGGAAGAGGAAUAUCCUAAGCCCGUCCCUCACGCUCCAGUCGUGGGACAGGAUACAUCCGCAGGCCCAUCUUUUCAUCCCUCUCGGGCCGCUCUACUAUCAGGUCAGAAACCUUCCUUUCCUAUACCUACUUUCCCUCCAGGAUCAGUUGGAGAAGAGAUCAAUAGUGGUGUCCCAGACAUUAAUCCGGACUACCCCUUCGGUCAGCUGGACCCGGACCUCAAAGCGUAUUUCCGUACCGUGGAAGACCAAAUCAAGGAUUGGGAAGGUAUCUCUUCCUCUGGAGAAGAAAGAGAAGACAGACAGACUUUCCUCAGCUCCGUACUGACUGAGUUGAGGGAUCACGAGUUAGUCGUCGCGACCGACCCUGAGACGUCGAUAGUUCUUGAACGACUGCUUCCAUCUCUUGGCGAUUGGGGUAGAAGGGUGAUAGGAGAUGCUUUCGGAGAGCAGUGGACUGUCCUUUUGAGACAUAGAUUUGGGAGUCAUGUGGUCCAGACUUGGCUCACGUUGGCUGGGGAUACGCUAGACAGGGAGUCCAAAAACAUGUUUCCUCCUCAACACCACGCCCAAGCUGAACAUCCCGAACUCGGGAUUCUUCCGACCAUGUCAACCCUGCUGUCCUCCCUGCUCUCAGAAAUCAUCCCCAAUCUCUCCACUCUUAUAUCUGAUACCCAUUCCUCUCCUCCCAUUAGACUCCUCUUCCUCCUCCUGAGUCCUGAUCGUCCACUCCCAUCCCUGGAAGAGCGUGACGAGAAAAUACGAUCCAAGCGAUCUGGCAAGUUUAGAAAGAACCAAGGUGUCAAGGGCAUGUCUAUAUUCGGCGAGGAGUUGGGAGAGGAGAAGGGAAAAGGAAAAAGUGUGAACACUCGGUUUUUGCCUACUGAGCUCGUAGGAGCGAGGAAGAGAUCGAGAAAGACUUUGAUGGAAUCAGUGAAAGAAGGGGAGUGGAAGAUUUUAGGUGUUCAUCCCGUAGGAAGUAUCGUGGUUCAGAUGAUGCUGGAAUUCGAAAACGAAGAAGACGAAGCAGAGAAGCCAGGUUCACUGUUCGAUAUAUUGACAGAAGGAAUGAUUACUCAAAUCCUCGACCCACAAGCAUUCAUGACCUCCCUUCAAACUUCACCGACGGGUACAAGACUAUACGAAGCCCUUCUCCUCUACUCACCCUGGCCAAUUUUCCAAGCUAUUUGGAAAACUUACUUUGUGGGGAAUAUAGGCAAACUCUCUAUACACCCGUUUGCCAAUUUUGUUGUUUCAAAAGGUAUUUCUCGUCUUGGUGCAGAGGAAAUGGAAGGGGUUAUCAAGGAAUGUGUGGAGCUGCAAGGAGGGACGGGGAUGAUUAGUGAGCAUGAUCUUCAACCCUGCGCUAUCACUUGUUCAUGA